GCCUACAGGGAGCAGAAUAACUGUACUCUGUAGAUAAUAUCUACAUAGAUAAUAGAUAUACACCGUGCGUUCGUGCGUAUUAGUUUACAACAGCCGUUCAUGGGUCAUGCGCGUUAAGAUGUAUGGACAAUAGCAUGCACAACAGGCAGUGCCAAAGGCGACUCCACGUUUACUUUCUUUUUUAACUUUUGAGUGGUGUGUUAUUUAUUUGUGGCUGACGAUAUGAACUACAGGAAUAAAAUUAUUAAUAGCUCUGUUGAUUCUGUAUUGACAAUGAAGAAAUUAAAUUUUAAAUGAGCAGAAAUAGACAGACGUAGAUUAAUUUUGCAGAGACUUGGAAUUCAUCGAAAAAAUACUUUUCACUUAAAGUGCCAUUGUUUGUUUUGGGAUGAUAACACCAGUGAUAAGGGUACUUCAGGUGGGACCAAUGACUUAUGGUCGUGCCUGUCAUCUACAGAGAAUACUGGCAAAAGAACACAUAAAUGGCAAUCCUCAGCUUGCUGGUACAUUAAUUCUUGUUGAACAUCCACCAGUGUAUACCAUUGGCAUCCGGAAGAGGGAGGAGUAUGCUCAAGAUCAGUCACGUCUCUGUGCACUGGGUGCAGAAUUCCAUGUAGUGGAUCGUGGAGGCUUGGUUACAUUUCAUGGACCAGGUCAGAUGGUAGCUUAUCCUGUGCUUAAUCUCCGCUUUUGGAAAGGAGGUUUACGAUCAUAUGUGUCUAGGUUGGAGAAUACUGUAAUACACACAAUCAGUAAUGGAUUUGCACUACAAAAUGUCGAAGCGAGGCCUGCACCAUACACUGGCGUCUGGCUUGGUAAUGCGAAAAUUUGUGCUAUUGGGGUACGAGCAAGUCGUCAAGUUACAACACAUGGACUAGCACUCAAUUGCUGUGUAGAUUUGGACUGGUUUAAGCACAUUAUUCCUUGUGGACUUGAAGGCUGUGAAGUAACCUCAUUAUCUCAACAGUUAAAACGAAAAGUUGAGAUUGAGGAAGUGGUACCUUAUUUCCUUACUGCUUUUGCUACUGUCUUUCAAUGCCAUCUUGCAGAUUAUCCUGCAGCAGAGAAACAGAAACUAUAUGGAGAAAUGUGAAAGAACUGACCUUAUGUUGUGAAACUCGUGCUUUGUAUUUAUAAAAAUAAAUGAGAAACGUGUUGUUCUCCCACCUGCUUGCUGAGGGAGGGGAAUAAUUCUUCAUUGGUCUCCCCUGGGAUGCAAAAUAUGUGAUGGAGAUCUAAUGAAUGAUCUUGUCUGUUAUGUAAUGUGUGAGGUUUUUGCAACAUUUAUUUUCCAUACAGUCAACUGUUUUGUUUUGAUAGAAUACAUAAAGAUUUAUUUUGUAAUCACUUGUGUACAAAUUGUCUGAAAAUGUAAUUUCCUUGUAUUAUCAAGUUUCAAACAUUAAGCAAGAAAUGAGAAACCAAUAUGAGCAUUAUCUGUGAUGAAAUAUCUGAAAUAGAAGGAAAGAAUACUACCUGAUUCUUUAGCAACUUACUGAGAUCUGAAGAAAGAUGCACUCAGCAUAUACAAUAACUGUUGAACACUGUGUAGGCUUAUAAACAAGGUGCUAAUGACAGUAAAACAGCUUGCAUUUUUCUACAUUUACUAUUUUUCAUUUUUGGUUGCAGUCUGCAUCCUGUGAUUUUUCAGGGCGUGUUUGUUAUUUGGGCUUGGUUAUUUGAAUCUAUACUUUUAGUCCAUGGUUAUUGCCAAAUGCUCUCCAGCAUCUUGUUCAGCUCCUAACCCCUGGUUUCAGGUUGUUUUUCCUGUGUUUCAGUACCCAUACAUUUUAUUCUAUUAUUUAACAGAAGAGGUGCCUAGUAUUGAGCCAGAGACAGAAUAAUGCUUAGCUUCUAGAAAAAAAUAUCCCUCAGAGUACUCCCUCUUUUGGAUCGAAGGUACAAAUGCUAGCAGUUUAGCUGUGGCAUUCUAAAUUUGCUAUUUUAAUGAUUAAUAAGUAGAAACACAUUCUGUAUUGAAACUUGAAACUUCCUGGCAGAUUAAAACUAUGUGCCAGCCCAAGACUCCAACUCGGGACCUUUGCCUUUCGCAGGCAAGGGCUCUACCAUCUGAGCUACGCAGGCACAACUCGCGCCCCGUCCUCACAGCUUUACUUCCACCAGUCUCUUACCUUCCAAACAUUCUGUAUUCUCCAUCAACUAAUUAUGUAUAUGAGGUGGCUACUCAUCACAUAGAAGAGGUGUUAAGCAGUAGACAGGCAUGUAAAAGGAUACGAACAAGUACAUUUUUAGUUGUUCAUGGUGUAAUGAAUAAUCCAUUAUACAGGGUGUUUGAAAAAGAAUGACCAGAUUUUGGACAGUAAUAAUUACAAAACAUGGUAUGUGUCAGCAAGGAAAUGUGUGUUGUUUGAAUGGGCAUGGCCUAGAGUUUCAGGAAAUUGGCAUUAGAUGUCGGUCAGUGCAUUGUCUCAGUUUGCAGUCAGUCAGAAGAAAGACGGUGUCCACUCAACAGAAGGUGUUUUGCUUGCUGCAAUUUGCAAAGAGUGAGUCAUUGAUCUCAGUCCAGCUUGCUUUUUGUCAGCAUUUUGGCAUUAAUCCACCUGCACCCAUUGGUACAAUUUGAAGAGACAGGAUGCUUGUGCAACGGUAAGAAUCCAAGUUGACCUUACAUUUCUGAUGACAUGUAGGAAAAAUUCUGCAAAUGUUUGAGUGUAGUCCUCGAAAGUCUACUCGCCAUGCAAGCAGAGAACUAGCAACACCUCAUAUGACUGUCUGGCGAGCGUUAAGGUGUCAUUUGGUCUACAAACCAUGCAGACUGCAAUUAGUGCAAGAUCCUCAGUUUGGUGCUAAAAGGAAAUAGGUUGACUUCAACAGUGCUCUGCUAGAGGACAUGUAGGAUGAUAAAGUUUCUGCCAUGGUUAAUUUUCAGUGAUGAAGCAACAUUUCGUGUUAGCGAUAAAGUAAACUGACAUAACAUGCACAUAUGGGGACCCCAGAACCCUCGUGACAUUAUUGAACACAAAAGAGACUCACCUAAGAUGAACUUUUUUUUUCCAUUUCUCGUAAAAAAUUGUACUGUUCUUUCUUUUUUGAGGAAAACACAAUGACUGAAAUGAGCUAUCUUCAAACACUCCAGAAUUGUCUUUUUCUGUAACUUCAGGAGGGUUCCGAUGACUUCGUUUUCCAACUGGAUGGCGCGCCAUCGCACUGGCACAACAACAUACAUCAGUUUCUGAAUGACACUCUGCUUUAGAGCUGGAAAGGGCACACACAACCAUGAGACACUAUCCUGCAUUCUUGUUCUCCAAAAUAGUCAAUUUUUUCUUGUGGAGAUAUGUGAAGGAAAGUGUGUUCAUUUCCCCUUUACCUCAUGACAUAGAAGAAGUAAAAGUAAAUACAUUGUGAAAUGUUUAUGAUGAAUUUAGCUAUUGUCCAGAUGUUGUUCAUGCUGGUGGUGGUGGACGCAGGGCAUUUGUAAUAGCAUAGCUCAAAACUUAAAGAUUUUGUGAGUAUUUUGUAAUAUAGCCCAUGUUUGUAGUAUGUUUUUAUCAGUAAAUAUGGUGUUUUGAAA